AUGCCUGAGGAAAAGUCAUUCGAGAAGAUCCCGCUGCAGAGCAACGACGGCACUGUGAUUGUAGUCGACUAUGACGUUGCCACGCGAUCAGCACUCCUCAACACCAUGCUGGACGAUCUUAAGGGAAUGGGCGUUAGCGACCUCGGCCCUGUUCCUCUACCGAACGUUAACGAGGCUGUCCUCCGCAAAGUCAUCGAGUACUGUGAACACCACCGUCACGAUCCUCUCGCCGGCCACGAAGAAGAGAGCGAGAACCGCAAGAAGACCACAGACAUCGAGGAGUGGGACCAGAAGUUCAUGCAGGUUGACCAGGAAAUGCUCUUCGAGAUCAUCUUGGCUGCCAACUACAUGGACAUCAAGAGCCUUCUCGACGUUGGCUGCAAGACUGUCGCGAACAUGAUCAAAGGCAAGUCUCCUGAGGAGAUUCGUAAGACUUUCAAUAUCACCAACGACUUUACUCCGGAGGAGGAGGAGCAGAUUCGGCGGGAAAACGAAUGGGCGGAGGACCGCUAA